AUGAGAGCCAGGCGGCUGAUCUCCAUGACCCACCUGCCUACGAUCAGCGAGACGGGGGACAUGCUGUUUUUGGGAAGAAGCCACGCCCAGGCCGAGGAGCCCCUGGCUGGGCUGGAUGAGUACGUUCAGUCCAUUAGCCAGCUGGCCCAGCCAUCCUCGCUGUCCAGUGGGCUCCCAUGUCCUUGCCAGAGCAGCCAGAACAAGCCUCACAAGCUCCAGAGGGCACGGGCGAAAGUGGCCCAGAGUGGGGUCACACUCCCCAGCCUUGAGAAGGUGCAGGGCAAUGCAGCAUCACUGCAGGACAUCACAGCCCAGUUCAACCAGCAGCACAGACCCCUGGGGCUCACCGGCUGCACUGACCCUCUAGCCUGGCUCUUUGGACUCUCAGAAGCAAAGGAACAGAGCCUAGGACUGCAGAGACGAGUGAGUCCUGCUCCCCGCUCCUCCCAGACGGCCACCGACACAGGCUGCCCAGCAGCCCCCCAGCAGACAGCCCGGGGGAACCUCAGUGCCCCCAGCGACCCUAGCAGUGCAGCCCAGAAACUGAGUGGCCCAGCCUCGCCUCUGGAGCGGAGAUGCCGCUGGCAGCGAUCGCGCAGACGUCCAGCUUUUCCCAGCUGUGUGGUGAGGGGUAGGCCCAGCCGGGCCCAGAGCACCUGCCUACCUGUCAUCUAUGAAUUGUGA